GUACUACUUCCUCCAGUCUCGCGCAAACUCACAUCAUUGUAGAAUGCGGAUUUCUAUGCUAACUUGACGAGCUAGCUUCUUUUGCUAAAAACAAGCUUGUUGUUGGGACUUUAGCGAGGGCUAAAAUGUCGAGAACACACCAGGUGCCCCCGUUGUCUUCAGCGGGGACGACAACCGGGGGUCAUUCGUCGUCCUCGUCGACUUCUUCCGCGGGAGGUUCGACAUCUCCCGCAACCGUGUUGAACGUGCAGCCCGAAAAACCUCAGCAUUACACAUAUCUGAAGGAGUUCAGAACGGAGCAGUGUCCCCUCUUUGUACAGCAUAAAUGCACACAACACCGGCCUUUUUCCUGUUUCCACUGGCACUUCUUGAACCAGCGGCGCCGCAGGCCUAUGCGCAAACGUGACGGGACAUUCAACUACAGUCCAGAUGUUUACUGUACCAAAUACGACGAGGGAACGGGAACCUGUGCUGAUGGAGAUGAGUGUGCAUUUCUACAUCGGACAGCUGGGGACACGGAACGAAGAUAUCACCUCCGCUACUAUAAGACGGGCUCGUGCAUUCAUGAAACGGAUACAAAAGGCCACUGCAGCAAGAACGGCUGCCAUUGUGCUUUUGCGCAUGGGUCACAUGACUUGCGCAGCCCUGUGUAUGAUGUGAGGGAAAUGCAGGUCAUUGAGUGUCAAGGUGGCUCUGGACCCUUAGAAGGAGCUGGGGGAGACGGACAGUCGGGCCAGGCAGCGAGUACAGCCCUCAUUGAGAAGAUUCUGAGUGAGGAACCACGUUGGCAAGAUAACAACUAUGUGUUAUCUCACUACAAGACAGAGCUCUGCAAGAAACCGCCUCGCUUGUGUCGUCAAGGUUACGCCUGUCCAUAUUAUCAUAACAGCAAAGAUAGGCGGCGCAGCCCACAUAAGCACAAAUACAGAGCUUUGCCUUGUCCAGCUGUAAAACUGAGCGAGGAGUGGGGUGAUCCGAGCAAAUGUGAGUGUGCAGAGGGAUGUCAGUAUUGUCACACGAGAACAGAGCAACAGUUCCACCCAGAGAUUUACAAGUCCACCAAGUGUAAUGACAUGCAGCAGUGUGGCAGCUGUCCUAGAGGACCUUUUUGUGCUUUUGCUCAUGUUGAAAAAGCAUUUGUCUUCGAGGAGUCAUUCUCUUCGCCCAGAUCCCCCCCACUUCUCCGUCCCCCAGAUCCUGGCUCUGCAGAGGAGGCUGCAGACACAAGUGGCCACAAUAAGGGGCCCGGUCAUGUCGCUGACCCCUUCUCGCCUCCUGUCGGGUCUCGUGUUCCUGAGCAAGGCCUGCUGGGUAGUGUGCUAACUCUGUGUGAGGACAUGAGGGGAGCAGUUGAGCCUUUAUCUCCUUGGGUGGGAGAGGGAGGGUACGGCAGGGCGCCUGGAUUUGAGAGAGAGGAUCAGGCUAAACAAAGGAGUUUUUCCUUAGAGCAGCGCAGCAGAGAAGUGGCAUCAGCACAGAGCAGUAAACAGGAUCUGCUGGUGUUUCUGCCAGUGGGCAGCCCUUUAAGUCUGUCCUCCAGCAUCCCCUCCAGUCUGGCCGCAACCCCACCCAGCCCUGCGCCAGGAGGACUCCCGGGGACCAGCAUCGCAUCAGGCAUGAAUGCCAACGCCUUGCCCUUCUACCCUACCAGUGAGACAGUGGAGUCUGUUGUAGAGUCGGCGCUGGAUGAUCUUGACCUGAAUGAUUUGGGUGUGUCAGCAUUGGAAAGAGGCUUGGAGAGUAAUUCAAGUCUGCCUCGGGUGGGAGUUAGGCUCGGAGGUAGCCGGCUUCAGAGCUCUGCCCCAGUCAACAUCCCAGGAUCCUUUAGCUCAUCUGCUCCUUUUAGCUCUCCUUCGCCGUCCCCCCCAAUCAGACCACGUGCCUCCCCAUUCUUCUCCACUCAGCUGUCCCAGCCUGGCCAACACGAGAGCCCCUUCCUGGGACCAUCCCAUAGUUCCUUAGGUCUUAAUGGUAUGAGCAAUAACAUCUGGGAGCACUUCCCCACAGGCCAGGGCUCCCCCGGCACACCCCCAGCCCUGAUGCCCUCAGGCCACUGUGCGGAGACGUCCAGGCUCAAACAGGAGCUUGAGGAGGCUCACAGGGUCCUGAAGCAGUGGGGACACAGCUGGAGACACACAGCUCAGUCGUGGGCCACACUGAAAGCAGAUGCGGAGGAGUCACGUGCCCACGCGGGGCGGUUUGCAGUGGAGGCUGAGAGAACCAGGCAGGCUGAGGAGAAGGCGCGGAGACAAUCCACUAUCUUGGAGGAGGCGCUGGAGACCCUGAGGAGCGGAGAGAACCCCCAUUUAGCAUUACACCAGCUCCAGAUGUUACACAGACUUCCCUUAGAAUCCGUCCUCAGUCUGCAGGCACAACUCUGCAGCUGCUUGCACACUGUGGAACAGGUGGUGUACAAGAAGCAGAGGCAUUGCUGUGUGUCAUGUGGAGAGCAGGGCUCCGUCUCCCUGCCCUGUGGCCAUGGACUACAUUGUGCGAGCUGCUCCACCUCCGCAGAGUGCCCUCUCUGUCCUGAACAAACACUGGAGCAGCAGCAGCUCUCCUAACCCUGGGCCCACCCCAGCUGACCCACCAUACACACCACAUCAUUCAGUCCUGAUUCCACUACCACCAGCGAUGGAUCUUUGACACCAUUCCAGACUCUGUCGAGGUUCUUUUUUGUUUUUUCACUCUUUUAUCUCAACGCAAGCACAGAUGAUUCCUGACAGACAACCAAUUCAUGGGGUACAGUGAACCCUUGCGAUAGUUACAAGAGCCCUGCAAUAAAUAGCAAAAAUCGGUGAGUUAUUGACGUCUACCGAAAAAGGUUUGCAAUUGCCUAUAGAUGCCACCAUAUGGAAGCAAGACUUUUUUCCCCCUAUUAGACAAGGCUAUGACAUGACUAAAUGAUGCUUCUCCCCUCACAGUUCCUUGGCACUAAGAUGGCGCCAAAGCAAUUUUUCUAUAUUAGACAUGGCUCUGGCCUGAGCAUAAAAACAGCAAACAGGUGAGUUUUUCAGUGAAUAAUAUAGAACCGGUUCCCCAAAAAUCUGAAACUAGGCAAAUUUGCAAAUUUUGAACUGUGAAUAUGGAGGGUUACUGUACUCAUGGUUAAUUAGCCAUUAGUGUGGGGAAUUACAAAGAAUCAUAUUCCCAGUAUUACCAAUGGGAAAACCAGUAAAUUUGAAUAGCGAUCCUUCUUGACCACCAACACUGUUCUUUACACAUAACUGUAUGUAGUCUUGAUGUAUGAUGAUUAUCAUCAAUACGCAUAUUUUAAUCAGUUUUAAAGUCUUGGCUUCAAAAGCAUAUGUGGCCACUUUAAGUACAUGGGCUUAUAUCAACAAUCCUACACAAAUAGAAAACAAUGUUCACUUGACUGGCACUGGCAAAGAGGGUAAUAUAUUGUAGAGGUUGAAGUUGGCAGAAUUGCUCAGAAUCGUGCAAGCAACGAUUAACAGUUCACAAUACAGCCGGAUUGCACUGUAUUGUACACGUGUACCUAAUCAAGUGACUGUAUCUGCAGUGCUGUCAAUCCAUCAGUUGUCUGUAGAGAUUUAAAAAUAUACUAUUGUAUUUCAGCCCCCCAAAAAAGUAAUUUGCAUUUCUUUUUUUGGAGUUGCUAGCAAAUUUCAUAAAUGCUAACUCAUGGAUGGCAUAGACUUUUAUACAUUUUAGACAUCAUUUCUGUACAAAUCAUGUCAUUUUAGAAUGAUUACCCAACUGUGUGAAUGGAUGGAUGGAUGACUAAGCCAACUCGUACAUUUUUAGAUGUUAACCAAAUCAGUCUAAGUGUGAGAUAAACUCUUAAGGGCAAAUUUCAUCUCAUCCUUACAAAUUGUACAGUAUAUAGCUACCGCCAAAGGGGAUCAACGAAUAUAUGAGUUAGCGCUUGUCUAUGUUGUAUUGAAUUUGUUUUCAGACUUUUUUUUAAAAAGCAAAAAUAAUGAAACAUGAAACGUUUUAAAUAGAAACAAAAUCUUUAAUAAAAGAAAAAUUAGAAUGACCUCUAC